AUGGGGCUGCCUGCAGCCCGCCUGGUGGCCCUCUGCCUGGCCCUGGCCUCGGCCGGGGCCGACGAGCUCCGAAGAGAAGGCAGGACCCGGAACCACGGCCACAACGUCUGCAGCACCUGGGGCGACUUCCACUACAAGACCUUCGAUGGCGACGUCUUCCGCUUUCCUGGCCUCUGCGACUACAACUUUGCGUCUGACUGCCGGGGGGCCUACAAGGAGUUUGCGGUGCACGUGAAGCGCCAGCCGGGCCAGGGCGGCCACCCGCAGCUCGAGUACAUCCUGCUCACCGUCAGGGACGACACCGUCUACCUCACCCGCCAGCUGGCCGUGGUGAACGGUGCCAUGGUCAGCACGCCGCAUUACAGCCCGGGACUCCUCAUUGAGAGGAACGACGCCUACACCAAGGUGUACUCGCGCGCCGGCCUGUCCCUCAUGUGGAACCGCAAGGACUCGCUCAUGCUGGAACUGGACAGCAAGUUCCGGAACCAUACGUGUGGCCUCUGCGGGGACUUCAAUGGCUAUCAGACCUAUUCCGAGUUCCUGUCCGAUGGGGUGUCCUUCAGUGCCCUGGAGUUCGGGAACAUGCAGAAGAUCAACAAGCCCGAGGCCAUGUGUGAGGACCCUGAGGAGGUCCAGGCCCCCAAGUCCUGCUCAGAGCACCGAGAGGAGUGCGAGCGGCUGCUGAGCCUGCCGGCCUUCGAGGACUGCCAGAGCCGCGUGGCCCGGGAGCUGUACGUGGAGGCCUGCAUGCAGGACCGCUGCCAGUGCCCCGAGGGCGACGCCUGCGUCUGCAGCACCCUGGCCGAGUUCUCCCGCCAGUGCUCUCACGCCGGCGGGCGCCCCGACAACUGGAGGACCCCCACGCUCUGCCCCAAGAGCUGCCCACAGAACAUGGUUUAUCUGGAGAGCGGCUCACCCUGCAUGGACACCUGCUCCCACCUGGAGGUCAGCAGCCUGUGUGAGGAGCACAGCAUGGACGGCUGCUUCUGCCCUGAAGGCACCGUGUUUGACGACAUUGCCGGCAGUGGCUGCAUCCCAGUCAGCCAGUGUCACUGCAAACUGCACGGCCACCUCUACGCCCCGGGCCAGCAGGUCACCAACGACUGCGAGCAGUGCGUUUGCAGUGCUGGCCGCUGGCAUUGCAAGGACCUCCCCUGCCCCGGAACCUGCGCCCUGGAGGGCGGCUCCCACAUCACCACCUUCGACGGGAAGAAGUACACCUUCCACGGGGACUGUUACUACGUGCUGGCAAAGGGUGAGCACAACGACUCCUAUGCCCUCCUGGGUGAGCUGGCCCCCUGCGGCUCCACGGACAAGCAGACGUGCCUCAAGACUGUGGUGCUGCUCCUGGACAGGAAGAAGAACGUGGUGUCCUUCAAGUCUGAUGGCAGUGUGCUGCUGAAUGAGCUGAGGGUGAACCUGCCACAUGUCACUGCGAGCUUCUCCAUCUUCCAACCAUCCUCCUACCACAUCAUCGUGAACACGGCCUUCGGCCUGCGGCUGCAGCUGCAGCUGGUGCCUGUCCUGCAGCUCUUCGUGAGCCUGGAGCAGGCUGCACAGGGCCACGUGCAGGGUCUCUGUGGAAACUUCAACGGUCUGGCGGGUGAUGACUUCAAGACGCCGGGUGGGCUGGUGGAAGCCACUGGGGCUGGCUUUGCUAACACCUGGAAGGCCCAGUCCAGUUGCCAUGACCAGCUCGACUGGCUGGACGACCCCUGCUCUCUCAACAUCGAGACCAACUAUGCCGAGCACUGGUGCUCCCUGCUCCGGAAGGCUGAGACGCCCUUUGCCAGGUGCCACUCGGCUGUGGACCCCGCGGAGUAUUACAAGAGGUGCAAAUACGAUGCGUGUAACUGCCAGAACAGUGAGGACUGCAUGUGUGCGGCUCUGUCUUCCUACGCCCGUGCCUGCGCUGCCAAGGGCGUCAUGCUGUGGGGCUGGCGGGAGCGCGUCUGCAACAAGGACGUGGGCUCCUGCCCCAACUCCCAGGUUUUCCUCUACAACCUGACCACCUGCCAGCAGACGUGCCGCUCCCUGUCUGAGCCCGACUCCCACUGCCUCCGUGGCUUCGCGCCAGUGGACGGCUGCGGCUGUCCCGACCACACCUUCCUGGACGAGAAAGGCCGCUGCGUGCCCGUGGCCAAGUGCUCCUGCUACCACCAUGGCCUCUACCUGGAGGCCGGCGAGGUGGUCCUGCGUCAGGAGGAACGCUGUGUCUGCAAGAACGGGAGGCUGCACUGCAUGCAGGUCAAGCUGCUGGGUCAGAGUUGUGCCACCCCAAAGAUCCACGUGGACUGCAACAACCUGACCGCCCUGGCCACCCGGAGUCCUCGAGCCAUCAGCUGUCAGACCCUGGCCGCAGGCUACUAUCACACGGGCUGCGUGAGCGGCUGCGUGUGCCCCGAGGGAAAGCUGGACGAUGGGCGGGGCGGCUGUGUGGUGGAGGAGGACUGUCCCUGCGUGCACAACAAGGACCUCUUCUCCCCCGGGGACGAGAUCAAGGUGGACUGCAACACUUGCACGUGCCGGAAAGGGCGCUGGGCAUGCACUCAGAACGUCUGCUACGGCACCUGCACCAUCUACGGCAGCGGCCACUACAUCACCUUCGACGGGAAGUACUACGACUUCGACGGGCACUGCUCCUACGUGGCGGCUCAGGACUACUGCGGUCACAACUCCUCCGGGGGCACCUUCAGCAUCGUCACCGAAAACGUGCCCUGCGGCACCACCGGCGUCACCUGCUCCAAGGCCAUCAAGAUCUUCCUGGGGAAAACAGAGCUGAAGCUGGAAGACAAGCACCGCGUGGUGAUUCAGAGGGACCAGGGCCACCACGUGACCUACACCACUCGGGAAGUGGGCCAGUACCUGGUGGUGGAGGCCAGCCUCGGCAUCAUCGUGAUCUGGGACAAGAAGACCACCAUCUUCAUCAAGCUCGCCCCUUCCUACAAGGGCACAGUGUGCGGCUUGUGCGGCAACUUCGACCAACGCUCCAACAAUGAGUUCACCACCCGGGACCACAUGGUGGUGGACAGCGAGCUGGAUUUCGGGAACAGCUGGAAGGAGGCCCCCACGUGCCCCGACGUGAGCAGCACCCCUGACCCAUGCACCAAGAACCCACACCGCCGCUCCUGGGCCGAGAAACAGUGCAGCAUCAUCAAGAGCUCCACGUUCGAGAUCUGCCACGGAAAGGUGGACCCCAGGCCCUUCUACGAGGCCUGCGUACACGACUCGUGCUCCUGCGACUCGGGCGGGGACUGUGAAUGCUUCUGCUCGGCCGUGGCCUCGUACGCCCAGGAGUGCACCAAGGAGGGUGCCUGCGUGUUCUGGAGGACGCCCGACCUGUGCCCCAUCUUCUGCGACUACUACAACCCCCGGGACGAGUGCGAGUUCCACUACGAGCCCUGUGGCAACCGCAGCCUGGAGACCUGCAGGACCUACAACGGCAUCCACUCCAACAUCUCCGUGUCCUACCUGGAGGGCUGCUACCCCCGGUGCCCCCAGAACAAGCCCCUCUUUGACGAGGAUCUGAUGAAGUGCGUGAAGGCAGAGGAGUGUGGCUGCUAUGUGGACGACACCCACUACCCCCCAGGAACGUCCAUUCCUGCUGAGGACGUCUGCCAGUCUUGUGAAUGCAACAACAGUUCACAAGUUGUCUGCCGCCCAGAUGAAGGGAAGAUUUUCAACUUCACCCAGCAUGGCUCCUUCUGCUACUGGGAGAUCUGUGGGCCCAACGGGACAACGGUGCCGCACUUCAAUAUCUGCGUGUCCACCCCGACGCCUUCGACCUACCCAACGUCACCCACCAGCCCUGCGGCCACCACUAGCACUACCACUAGCACCAGCACUGUGCUGACACCCAGCACAGGUGAGGAAGUGUGCUGCUUCUGGUCCGACUGGAUUAACGAGGACAGCCCCCACACCGGCGAGGGCGACCACGAGACUUUUGACGAAGUCUGUCGGGCCCCAGAGGACAUUGAGUGCCGGUCGGCCACGGAGCCCCACCUCAGCUGGGAGGAGCUGGGCCAGAAGGUGCAGUGUGACGUCUCCUCCGGGCUCGAAUGCAAGAACGAAGACCAGUUUGGAAACGGAUUAUUUGGACUCUGUUACGACUACAUGAUCCGAGUUAACUGUUGCUUGCCAAUGGAUGAGUGUCCCGAAACCUCAACCCCGCCUUCCUCGGCUCCAACCACUGCCUCUACCACCACACCUACGGCCUCACCUACCACCUCCCCGACUGCGUCCUCUACCGCGACACCAACAGUCUCCACAACCACUUCUACCACCUCGCCCACCACCGCCUCUACCACCACACCAGCCACAUCUCCAACCACGACGCCAACCCACACGCCUCCAGCUGUCUCGUCUACCCCCUCCACAGCGGUUCCGACGACAACAUCACCGACCACCUCUGCUACCACCACACCAGCCACGCCAGCCACACCCCCAGCCUCCUCACCAACUACCUCUGCCAUCUCAACACCCUGUCACGAGGACUGCAGAUGGACGGGCUGGCUGGACUCCGGGAAACCAGGCACUUCCAGACCAGGAGACUACGAACCCGUCGAGGGCGUCUGCAAAAAUGAAGACGGCCUGUGGGCAGUGAACAUCUCCUGCAGAGCUGUGAUGUACCCCAACGUUCCUCUUGAGCAGCUGGGCCAGCAGGUGACCUGUGACCUCACCCAGGGGCUGGUGUGCGAGAAUAAGAACCAGAAGCCAGGGGGACCCAUACCUCAGCCCUUCUGCAUCAACUAUGAGAUCAACGUCUACUGCUGCGGGCACUGUGGCCCCACAACCACCCCGAAGUCCACCACCCCACCCUCCACGACUACCACCACCGAGACCCCAACGCCAACCACUACGAGCACCUUCACGACCACCACCUCCACGGAGACCCCAACUGCCACACCUACCACUACCUCCACAGAGACCCCAACGCCAACUCCCACCACCACCUCCACGGAGACCCCAACGCCAACUCCCACCACCACCUCCACGGAGACCCCAACGCCAACUCCCACCACCACCUCCACGGAGACCGCAACCCCAACUCCUACCACCACCUCUGGGGAGACCCCAACCCCAACUCCCACCACCACCUCCACAGAGACCCCAACUACAACCCCAACCUCAACUCCCACAACCACCUCCACUCAAACCGCAACUGCAACACCUACUACCACCUCCACUGAGACCCCAACCCCAACUCCCACCACCACUUCCACAGAGACACCAACCCCAACUCCCACCACCACCUCCACGGAAUCCCCAACCCCAACUCCCACCACCACCUCCACGGAAUCCCCAACCCCAACUCCCACCACCACUUCCACGGAGACCCCAACUCCAUCAUCCACUGCAACUUCCACGGAGACGCCAACUACAACAUCCACCACCCCAGGAACCACAUCUCCCACCACACCAGGGGACACAACUCCCACCACCUCUGGGACCCCAACGGCACCUGUCAGCACCACAACAUCAACUGGGACCCCAACUCCAACUCCCACAACCACCUCCCCUGAGACCACAACUUCCCCCAUCUCCACACAGAAGUACUGCUGCGUGCUCAACGACACCUACUUCGCUCCAGGGGAGGUGGUGUACAACGGGACCCACGGAGGCAUCUGCUACUAUGUCAACUGCUCCGAGAACUGCACCUUCCAGUUCUUCAACUGGUCAUGCCCCUCCACUCCUCCGCCCACGUCCACGCCCACCAAACCCACACCCUCCUCGUCACCCAGCACCAGCACACCUGCCUCCCAGACCCCCACUACCACCCCAUCAACCACCCCCAAGAUCCCCGGCUGCCCAGACUUCGACCCUCCCAGACAGGAAAAUGAGACGUGGUGGCUGUGUAACUGCACCCAGGCCAUCUGCAAGCACGACAACACAGUGGAGCUGGUGCAGGUGGAGUGCAAGCCACCGCCCAUGCCCACCUGCUCCAACGGCCUGACGCCAGUGCGCGUCAUGGAUCCCGACGGCUGCUGCUGGCACUGGGAGUGCGACUGCUACUGCACGGGCUGGGGAGACCCCCACUACGUCACCUUCGACGGGCUGUACUACAGCUACCAGGGCAACUGCACGUACGUGCUGGUGGAGGAAAUCGUCCCCACGGUGGACAACUUCGGGGUCUACAUCGACAACUACCACUGCGACCCCACUGACCAGGUGUCCUGUCCGCGCACGCUCAUCGUGCGCCACGAGACCCAGGAGGUGCUGCUCAAGACCGUGAGCAUGGCGCCCAUGGUGGUGCAGGUGCAAGUGAACAAGCAGGCCGUGGCCCUGCCUUACAAGAAGUUCGGCCUGGAAGUGUACGAGUCUGGCAUCAACCACGAGGUGUCCAUCCCCCGGCUGGACGCGGUCAUCUCCUACAACGGCCUGUCCUUCUCCAUCCGGCUGCCCUACCAUCUCUUCGGCAACAACACCAAGGGCCAGUGUGGCACCUGCACCAACAACACGGCGGACGACUGCAUGCUGCCCAGUGGGGAGAUGGUCUCUGACUGCGAGGUGGCCGCCGACAAGUGGGUGGUGAACGACCCCUCCAAGCCCCACUGCCCACAGUCCAGCUUCACCACCAAGCGCCCGGCCCUCACCACGCCUGGAGGCGGCAGCCCCGGCCAGAGCUGUGCCUCCCCUCUCUGCGACCUCAUCAUGGGCAGCCUGUUCUCCAAGUGCCACAGCCUGGUGCAGCCCCAGCACUACUACGAGGCCUGCGUGUUCGACAGCUGCGUCGUGCCGGGCGAGCACCUCGAGUGCGCCAGCCUGCAGGCCUACGCCACCCUCUGUGCCCACGAGGGCGUCUGCAUCGACUGGCGCAACCACACCAACGGCAUCUGCUCGCUGAGCUGCCCGUCCCACAGGGAGUACAGGGCCUGUGGACCCGCCCAGGAGCCCACCUGCAAGUCCAGUGUCCCCGACACCCUGGAGCUGAACGACACCCAGCAGGUGGAAGGUUGCUUCUGUCCCGAGGGCACCAUGAGCUACGCCCCCGGCUUCGAUGUCUGCGUGGAGUCCUGCGGCUGCGUGGGACCUGACAACGUGCCCAGAGAGUUUGGGGAGCACUUUGAGUUCGACUGCAAGGACUGCGUGUGUCUGGAGGGUGGCAGCGGCAUCGUCUGCCGUCCCAAGAAGUGCCAGCUGAGCCCAGUGCCCAAGUGCACGGAGGAGGGCACCUACCCCGUCGUCGAGCUCAACCCGGCCCAGCCCUGCUGCAACACCACCACCUGCAAAUGCAACAUCAGCCUCUGCGAGGACAAAGCCCACACCUGUCCGCUGGGCUUCCAGGUGAAGAGGCAGCACGUGGCUGGCAAGUGCUGCCCAGUCUACUCCUGUGAGCCCAAGGGCGUGUGCGUGGUGGGAAAUGCCGAGUACCAGCCUGGCUCCCCAGUCUACUCCUCCAAGUGCCAGAAGUGCAAUUGCACCAGCCAGAGGAACAACACCACACAGCUCAACAUCAUCUCCUGCACCCACGUGUCCUGCCCCAGCUCCUGUGACCCCGGCUUCGAGAUGGUUCCGGUCAGUGGGGAGUGCUGCGGGAAGUGUGUACAGACGCACUGUGUCAUCAAGCAGCCCAGCGGCCACCACCUCAUCCUGCAGCCCGGAGACACGAAGAGUGACCCCAGCAACAACUGUACCUUCUUCAGCUGCGUGAAGAUCCAUAACCAGCUCAUCUCAUCUGUCUCCAACAUCACCUGCCCCGACUUUGACCCCAGUGCCUGCGUCCCUGGUUCCAUCAAGCUCAUGCCCAACGGCUGCUGCAAGACCUGCAUCCAUCGCAAUGAGACGCAAAGGCCCUGCUCCAUCGUCCCCGUCACCACGGAGGUCUCGCACGCUGGCUGCACCCGGAACGUCACCAUGAACUUCUGCGCAGGCUCCUGCCGCACCUUUGCCAAGUACUCGCUGGAGGCGCAAUCCCUGGACCACAAAUGCUCUUGCUGCAAGGAGGAGCGCACCAGCCAGCGGGAGGUGAUCCUGAACUGCCCCACGGGCAGCACCAUCAAGCACACCUACACCCACAUUGAGAGCUGCCUGUGCCAGGACACCAGCUGCGAGCCCCAGCGUCGUGGCCCCGGCCGCACCCGCCGCUCGGGUCCCCGCGGCCCACGUCCAGGCCUGGAGUGAGCAGGCUCUGCCGCUG